AUGAGCCCCCUCGUAGCGGCCUCCUUACACCUCAGGCCGGCCGCGAUUCUCGCUUUGACAGUUUGUACGGUAGCAGUUGCUAAUUGUGUUGGAGAGAAUAAGCCUGCCGUCCCGUUGCCUGCAUCUGUCAUGGAAAAAGCUUUUGAAUUAACGAUGACGUGCUCCGAAGAAGCGGGAGUGGACCCAGGAAUCUUACAAAAGAUGUUGCCAUGGACACUCGAAGAAAGUGAGGCGAAUGGAAAAUUUCUGUACUGCUUAUGCAGGAAGGUUUUGCGCGGGAAAUCAAAGCAUAAUUUCCUGCGUAUAAAGAUGAUGGAUAUUGGGUUUAUAUCCAUUCUGUUGAGGCAAGUGGUAGCAGUGAGGCCAGUGGUUCACUUGCCGCCGGCAGAAAAUGAAAAGAUACAAAAAGCGGCACAGGAAUGCCUGGACGAGACUGGAGCGCAAGGGGAUGUGGCCAAAGGGUUCUUUAACCUGCAGAUCGAACCGGACGAUACCAGCAAGAACUUCCUGUGUUGCGUCACCCGUAAAGCACACUACAGCAAUUUGGAUGGACACUUAAAUAACAACCUGUUGAGACUGUUCGAAAAUAGCGAAUACUGGGACGAGAGACCCGUCAUCCACCUGCCUCCGCUGGUACUUAAGGCUGUGCAGAAAGCAGCGUCCGAUUGCGUAACAGAGACUUCAGUCAAGCAGGAGGUGUCGGACAACUUCUUCAAGCUCAACUUCGGCAGCGACGCGGACAGCAAGAAGUUCAUCUACUGCCUGUGCCAAAAGACCAACUACGGCAAUGAGGACGGCCACCUGAACGACGGCUUCGUCACUCUGUUCGAAGGCAGCGACCUCAAGGACGAAGUGCAGAAGGUCGUUGACACCUGCAACAAGAACAAGGAGUCGGACAACGUGGAAACUAUGCACAAGACCGUUCAAUGCUUCUACAAGAACACACCUGUGGUCUUGGUCGUA